UGCUGCUUGCAUCGCCCGCGCUCGGCACGUCGCGUGCGCUUCGUUGCGCCCAUUGUGCAUUUCCUCAUCUUCUUCCUGUUUGAGUUUGUGGUUUUCUGUGCUCGACUUCACGCCUGGACCACCAACGACAACGAGUACACGCCGUCGUGGACGGCGGAGGGCGAGAUGGUGUUCCCCGGUCCAGCGUUUAGCUCAAGCCUCAGUCCCGAUUUCCUGCGCGAGGUUGGCUGCAGCGACUUCAUCUUGGCCAAUGGCACAACAAGCACACUGGAGCCGGUCGGCCCCAGUGAGUGCAGUUUGGGUAUCCGGAUCGGAGCAAAGCUGUCGCCAGGCACGGUGGCCACCAUCAGCCUGGCCGCGCUGAAACUGGACAUUUCCGUCGAUGACUUCAACAACUCCCGGGAUGAGGACUUUGAGGAGGAACAGGAGCUGACUUUCAAGAAAUGUCCACUUUCGCCACGCCCACGCCCGCUCAUCGUCCCACCACCUUCCUUGCCGACCAUCCCCUCCACCAUGUCAUCGGAUAUGUUCAAGCCGGCACAGCCGGGGUGCCCGCUCGCUGGGGCAGGUCUCAUGGAACUCAAGACACCGGAGUACCACAAUGAGCUUCAGUGGCAGAUUGUCGGGGAUGGCUCCCAGAUCCUUGAAGUUGUCCUCAACCCCAACGACGCCGUCACCGCCGAACCCGGCACCAUGGUGCACAUGUCAUCCGGCCUCAAGCCAGACGUGCACCUCGGCGGGGGCUGUGGGCAGGCGUGCACACGCAGCUGCUGCGCCGGCGAAAGCUUCUUCCGUGUCAAGUACCAGAACAACACUGAGACGACUCAGCACAUCGGGCUGACCCCCAACUUCCCCGCCAAGAUUGUUCCCGUGAACCUGGCCGAGUUUGGUGGUCGCAUCACCAUCAAGAGCCGUGCGUUCAUGUGCGCCCACAACUGCGAGCCCACCUUCUCCUACCGCUUUGCUGGCAUUGGCGCCGGGUGCUGCGGUGGCCAGGGCUUCAUCCUGAACGACCUGUCUGGUGAUGGCAUGGUCUUCCUCAACGCAUCUGGCACUGUUCUGAUGCGCAAGCUCGAAGCCGGCGAGGAGCUCAUCUGCGACCAGUCAUCUGUCGUUGCUUUCCAGUCGACGGUGAACUACGCCGUUCGUCGUGCAGGCGGCCUGCUCAUGUGCUGCUGCGGCGGCGAGGGCUUGUUCAACUCCGUGCUGACAGGCCCCGGCACCGUUGUGCUGCAGUCCAUGCCCAUCGAGAAGAUUGCUGCGGCCCUCGUUGCGCGCGGCGGCAACAACGGCGGCGGUGGCGGCGAGUAA